CUUCCCGUGUACCCGAGGGAAGAACCUUUAAAGGUGUCGUAGACCUGAAGAAUCGCUCUUUAAGCAUUUCGAGGCAUCUGAACGCUAUUUCAAAUCUCCGGAACCUGUUUAGGGGGUUCGGUAAAGAGCCCUUUUUUUUAGAGUGUAGAAAUAUCAGGACAAGGUUACUGGCAAAAUUCAAUAAAUGAUGAAAACGAUAUAGGAUUAGAGGUGGCACAUUUAAGUUGAUUUGAAGUGAAGUUGAUGAAUCAACUUAACUUAAAAUUGAAAAGUUGAAUUCAACUCGAAUCAACUUUCAACUUUAUAGAGCAAGGAGUUUUUGAUGGCUUCUUCUGAGAAAUAGGAUCUUGCCACUGGUAUUACUAAUAAACUAUCGGACAAAAUCAAGUCAAUAAUAAAUAUCAUGUGAUUGAGACACAAUUCUGGAUGUAUUUAAAUUAUUUUUUGAUACAUUUUGGCAGAAUCUUACAAGACACCUUCAAAAAGUGUUAAUUCUGACUCAGUAACCUCUAUUUAUCUUUUAUAAAUAUAAAUUUCGAGUAUUGUCCUAUAAUUAGUAUGUAUGACAAAUUUCAGUAAAACCUAUCACUCAACUUCAAUACCGAGGCACUGGAGAUGGUGAUCUCCUAGUGGUGAACAUAUUGAUAAGUGCAUUCAGGUUUAAUAUCAAGCUAGGAUUAAAAAGUUCGAGUUGAUUUGGAGUUAAGUUGAUUGAUCAACUUUCAACUUUUCAACUUAACUUAAAUGUCACACCCCUAUGUGGGAUUGAACAAUAUAGGACAGGGGUAUACACUUGAAAUAUAGACAAUGACGUAUCAGGAAAGUGAUAUAAUUGGAAAGAAAGAAUGGCUGACCGUACACUUAAAAUGGUGGAGUGCGACGGAGUGCGCUUUACUGCGCGGAGUGGCUCGAGUGGCUGAAGUGCUCUGCCACCCUCUUGAUAUGAGGCCAAGUUGCGAUUUGGCUGAGAUAUUUAAGUUUCACUCAAAUUUUCCUCUAGGACUCCCAUUUUCCAGCAAAAUCGUAUUUCCGAGCUUUUACCUCAAACUUUGCCUACAUAAAGCUCUCAAUUAGAUUAGCUUGUAAAAAACGUCAGAAUUUUUGGACAUAGUACCACCGAGAUAUGCAUUUUCUCAAAUAUAACAGCUUCUCCAGGACGUGUGGAGUGCGGAGAUUAAGAUUUGAGGUGUGAAUUUCCUCUUCAUCCAAACCCGCACAUCCCACACACUUCACACCCUCAAUCAAUCGUCGUUUACAGAGUGUAAAAGAGUGGAGUUUGCGAACAAAGAAAAUGGAACAAUAAUAGAUCGUAGACAGAAAACAUUGUAAUGAAUAACUUUAAAUUAAACAAGCAUUGUCUCUAUGUUUUCUCUGCCACUCUCUUAUUUUAUCAUUUUAUCCUCUUCUUUCUCUCUAUUUCAGUUCCUCCAUUACGUGGAUGUUCAAUUGACAUUCAUCCAAAUGCUCGAUGGCAACAGAAUGGUCUCACUGUGGCUGGAGGAAAUGGAAAAGGCAAUGGAAUCAAUCAACUCUCAAACCCAUUGGGUUUGUAUGUUGAUGAUGAGCAAACAAUCUAUAUCGCUGAUCAAUACAAUCAUCGUAUUGUGGAAUGGAAAUCAGGUGCGACGACUGGCCAAGUGGUUGCCGGUGGAAAUGGACAAGGAAGUGGGACUCAUCAGUUGUCUGACCCAUUUGAUGUGAUUGUCGACAAAGAGAGAGAUAGUCUCAUCAUCUGCGAUCGUUCGAAUAAUAGAGUG